CUGCCACAAACCGAGCGCCCUGGCUUGGCCCCCAGCUCCCCGCGGCGGAUCUCUUGCGCCCCUCCUUCGGGCUCAGGGCACGGAGGAGGGCUGUGCAGCGCUUGGGUGCUGUGGGGAAGGAGCUGUUUUCCCUUUACAAUGUGGAAAAGUUGCUAUAGUGACUGGAGGUUCUGGAGGAAUUGGUUAUCAUACAGCGAAGCAAAUGGCAAGACUUGAUAUGCAUGUUAUAAUAGCUGGAAAUUGUGAAAAUGAAGGCCAAGAAGCUGUGAGGAAAAUAAAAGAAGAAACUUUGAAUGAAAAAGUGAACAGGGGAAAGGAAACAGGGCAGUUUGCAAGCAAUUAUCUGGGGGCAAGAGGAAAAAGAGGAACUGAAGCCAGACAUCAGAUCCUGCUCCUAGAAGUGGAGUUUAUACACUGUGAUUUGGCUUCUAUGAAGUCCAUACAGCAAUUUGUACAACAGUUUGGAGUAAAGAAUUGUCCACUCCAUGUCCUGGUGAAUAAUGCUGGGGUGAUGCUGGUCCCUGAAAGGAAAACAGAGGAUGGGUUUGAGGAGCACUUUGGUGUGAACUACUUGGGACACUUCCUAUUGACUAACCUCCUCUUGGAUAUGCUGAAGCAAUCAGGAACACACAGUCUCAAUGCUAGAGUCAUCUCUGUUUCAUCAGCUGUUCAUUAUGUAGGCGAAUUGCACCUUAAUGAUCUACAAAGCAGAUAUUCGUACUCGCCUCAUGGAGCUUAUGCCCAAAGCAAACUUGCCCUUGUAUUAUUUACCUAUCGACUACAGCAUCUUCUCACAGCAGAGGGAAGCUUUGUGACUGCUAAUGUAGUAGACCCUGGAGUAGUGGAUACUGACCUGUACAGACAUGUCUUCUGGGCUGUAAGAAUGGUCAAACGGAUAACAUCCUGGUUAUUUUUCAAGACUGCGGAGGAAGGAGCUUCAACUUCCAUCUAUGCAGCGGUUUCACCAGAGCUAGAAGGGGUUGGUGGCACCUAUCUUUAUAAUGAACAAAGGACAAAAUCUGUUGAUGUAUCAUAUGAUGAAGAGCUGCAGAGGAAGCUCUGGACAGAAAGCUGCAAGAUGGUUGGGAUUUCUGAUAUAUCCAGAUGUCUCUAAAAGUGCCCACUUGGAGCUGGGAGAAUGUAGUGUGUCCAACAAGCAUCCUUUGGUGAAUGCUUUGCAGCAUCAGCCAUCAUCCUGGAAUUCACUGUUCAGUCCCAAAGGCAAACGUGAACAAGUCUGCUCUUCAUUUGAAACCCUAGUCUUCUAGGGAGUGUGAUGGUGUUGGGGGGAACUAUUCCCACAGAGAUGUGUGUGUGGUGGUUUUAAAUCUAACCAUCAGUUUUGUAACCAUGAUGUUUCAGUCUGUGAUUAAAAAGCAAAAUUUAAC